AGCUGUGAUUUAUUACAAAAAAACAUCUCGCAACAACUCUAUUCCGCAACUUUGUGGCGUUGUGUUUGAACUAUUUCAACAUUUGCGUCAUUGUUACACCCGCCAUCAAUAGUUUGUCAAUUGAGAUAUAUUUGUUUAGUAAUCCUGAAACGGUGCAACCCCUCGAGCGCCGGAGGUCAUGCAUAAUUCAUGAGCGACUGCUGACACAGGCGUCGUAGAAAAGUUGAGUUUACAAACUUUGGGACAGGAGCAACAAGAUCUACCGAACUGGCCGGAGCAAAGGGAAAGUAGCUACAUUUAAAAUUACUUUUCUCAUGUGGGGACACAUUUAGUUGUUCUCUAUCUUACUCUAAUAGCAUAGUUUUAUUGCGAGUUUGACGGCAGAAAGGUGAACUAUUGUUGUCCACACAGAGGGUUUAUAAAAGUUUGCCUGAGAGUAGCCUAGGCCUACUUCAGAAGGCUCAACGUUUGAUAUUUGUAUAAAGCCUCAACUUUAAAUCGUUUUUAUAUUUUCUUUAUUGCUCUAACUUUUACACUAAGACAAAAUGAGCAACCCACUUCAGCCAAUGCCAGGACAACAAGUUAUCCAUGUCGCGCAGGACUCGGAUACGGAUCUCGAGGCGCUUUUUAAUUCGGUUAUGAACCCGAAACCCAGUUCAUGGAGGAAAAAAAUGUUACCCGACUCUUUUUUCAAGGAGCCAGAUUCUGGAUCUCACUCCCGACAGUCGAGCACUGAUUCGGGCAGUCACCCGCCCAGGCUCACCGUACAACACGUACGGUCACAUUCCUCGCCCGCAACUUUACAGAUUGGAUUGGGAGCCAACCCAACUCCAAGCCCGGUACAUCACUCGCACAUCCGCCACCAGUCUUUCGAUGUUGCCGAAGAGUUGCCGCUGCCCCCUGGAUGGGAGAUGGCCUACACGUCCAACGGACAGAAGUACUUUCUCAAUCACGUGGAGAAGAUCACCACUUGGCACGACCCUCGGAAGACCAUGACGACAGCCAUGAACCAGAUGAGUCUCCACGCCCCCCCACCCUCUGCCAGCCCACAGCAACGCAACAUGGCCCUGUCCCAGCCCAACCUUGUGAUGUCCCAACACCACCACCAGCAGCACCUGCAACACACCCAGCAGCAGCCCCAACAGGCCCAGGCCUUGGGUUCACCUGGCUCCCUCCCCCAGCAGCAGAGCUCCCAGGCUGGGAUGAUGAGUCUGUCCAGUCCCCUGGGCGUGGUUGUCAGUACCCAGCAGAAGAUGAGGCUGCAGCGCAUCCAGCUGGAGAGAGAGAGGAUCCAGAGACGCCAGGAGGAGCUCAUGAGACAGGUGGCACUGUGUAGACAGCUCCCCGUGGACUCUGAGAGCAUGGUACCAGCGCUCACCCCUGGUGGCAACCCUGCCCAGCCCAUGACCCAGGGCAACAUGCCCACCAAUGGAUCUGACCCCUUCCUCAACAGUGGUCACUUCCAGCACUCCCGGGAGCAGAGCACAGACAGUGGCCUGGGGCUGGGCUGUUACAGCAUCCCCACCACCCCAGAGGACUUCCUGAAUAACAUGGAGGAGAUGGACACAGGUGAGAGCAUGGCCCAGGCGGGCAGUAUGAACGUGUCUCAGCACAGCAGCUUCCCAGACUUCCUGGACUCCCUGCCAGGAACCAACGUGGACCUGGGAACCCUGGAGGGAGCGGACCUCAUCCCCAUUCUCAACGAUGUGGAGUCAGUCCUCAACAAGAGCGAGCCCUUCCUCACCUGGCUGUAAACACACACACGUACACACACACACGUACACACACACACACCUUCUACACACACACACACACCUUCUACACACACACACACACACACACGUACACACACACGUACACACACACACACCUUCUACACACACACACACACACACACCUUCUACACAUACACACACACCACACACGUACACACACACAUCUUCUACAAACACACACACACAUACACACACACACACCCAACAGGACAAAAGACUCCAUGUAUCUAAAGACUCUGUCUGUGCUGCCUUUGGUGACCUAUUCAAAUCAGCUUGAUUGAUUUUUUUUCACGUGUCCAGUAAUAAUACCCCCUCUGUCUGCCCGACCACCUAUCAAUCUGAGUUCAGUUCAGGUUAAAGAUAUCUAAAGAGUAUUAACCAAAGCCUUGAGAGAACAAAAAUCAAAUCAAAUCAGGACACGUGUUAAAGUGAAUACUGUAAUGUAACAAAAGUGAGUAGUUUUGUAUGUUCUGUUAGACUCUCCCCACCCUGGUUUUUGAAUCGCAAUAGAUGUUAUUUUUUACAGCUUUCCUGUCUCUCUUGGGGUGACACUCUAUGUGGAACAAGUACUUGGUGAAAAAAAAUGCAUUGGCGUCCAAUGGUAUUGCUUUGUCAUGACUAAAUGUAUGCAGGGAGGCUUUUUUACCAAUAGGUGGCGCUAUUGCUUAAGCUACUGUAGUUAUGAAAUGGCUCUUUACUGACAACAAGGCUGUCCUAUCUGUAGGUUCUUAGUAGUGCACGUCUGUCGGCUACAGCACUGUAAACCUUCUUCUCUAACAAAUGAUCAAUCACCAACAGUAUUUUAACUGUCAGUUUGGGUUUGAAUUAGAAAUCCACACUGUUACUGUUGUUUCUGUUCAUAAUUAUUUUUUAUUUUUUUAACUACAGAUUCACUUCUACAUCAGCAUUAGUAGCCAUGGGAACAAAGUGUGUUGUAUACCAAAUAAUGUUUCCUAUUGUUCGCUACAAUGUCACUACAAAAGCUUUAAAACUUUAAAAUUGUACUUAGUUUGAUUUUUAAACAGAACUGUUUUUAGUUUUUUUUUGUCAUUUUAAUAAUUGUACUCCAAUGUAGCUUAUUGAACACUAAAAUAUCAUGCCUCAGUUAUGAAACAAUGUCAAAUUCUGUAUUCUAAUAAGUACACUUUAUAAAUCAUACUAUACUAUUUGUUUUUUUCUGAUCUGUAAAAUAGCCUACAUGGGUUCUUUGCAUCUGGUGCCAUUUGUAGGACUUAUAAUAUAGUUAGCAUUUUUUGUAUUUAUCAAGAGCUAUGAUUCUAUUUCUUCUGUUCAAUUUUUUUAAAUGUUUAUUUUUUAUUUUUUAUGAAAUUGAGAUUUCAAAGCACUACAAAUCAGCAAAAUGAUUGAAAUAUAUCUGAUCAUGAAGUGAAUGUUGAAGUUAGAUGAUCACCAGACGUUUUUGUUUCAAUAUGCGUUGACGCUUGAUAAUCCUUCAUACGCAAACUCUCCUUGGUCUUCGGUCUGUUUUUUUGGGGGGGGGGGGGUUUGCAAAAAGGACACUUUUUUUUCCUUCUGUUCUACGGGGAAUUAUGCAACAAUAGUCUUUUCAUAGGGUCAGAGGUUAUUGUGCCUAUACGUUUUUUAGAGGAUUUCUAGUGAAUUGUCAGAUUGGAUUGGCAUGGGGUUGGCAUUCGGAUCUUGUUUUUAACAUGCCAACCCCACAACACAAUCUGCUCUGAUCUUUUUUUUUCAUUCUACAUUUGUCUCAGUUUUUGUAUUUGCAUGUUGUUUGACAUAUUUGCUAUUCCUAGCGAUAGGUGGUCUAUAGCCCGACCUUAUAUUGUGACUAUACUGAGUCUGGUUACUAUGUAGAACGUUAGAACUAAGAAGGUGAGGAAGUGAUGGAACCUUGGUAGGGGCAGGUGAAUUAGGGGGGGGGGGGUGUUCAAUGCACGCCAAAACACACUGGGGGUGUGAGAAGGGACAAGGUGAAGAGGGGCGUGAGAGGUAUCGAGCUGAAGUGGGGGCACACAGUUAUCACAUCACUACCACCUGUGUCCUUAGAGUGGUGUGGAUUGGGGGAAAGGGUGUGACGAUGUGGUGUGAUUUCAGAGAUUGGAGGCCUCUUACCCAGGCAUGGCCAAAGAAGGCUAGCUCUGACAGGGCUAGCAACAUGCUAACUCGUGCCCAUGCCCAGCUGACAGGGCUAGCAACAUGCUAACUCGUGCCCAUGCCCAGCUGACAGCGCUAGCAACAUGCUAACUCAUGCCCAUUUCCAGCUGACAGGGCUAGCAGCAUGCUAACUCAUGCCCAGGUCCAGCUGACAGGGCUAGCAAUAUGCUAACUCAUGCACAGCUGAUGAAAAGGGCUCCAGUGAGAGGUGAUGAGGUCUUUUUUAGAAUCAAACAAGGUUAUUAAUCCAAUCACACAGCUGCCUCUCUUGGUGUCUCUGUGUCAGGGAGGUUCCCUGUUUUGUGUUUUCGUUUGAAUAAUGUGCUGUUCCAGGCUCUAGGGGGGGAAACUUGGCAGGGCUGUCGGUGCACCAUUACUGUGGACACAAUUCAAGGUUGCACCAGUAUGAAGGACACAAGUUAAAUGGAUGAUAGCAUUUGUAUCAGAUUGUCUUUUUGUAAAUCUAUACUUUGGGGGAUAUUAAGACCAGAUGAAAGAGAGAGAUUCUACGAGAACAUAGAACACAGAGGUGGUGUUAUACCGUUAAGGGUUUGAGGAAAUGGUUUGGUGUGGAGCACAUAUUUUGACUAAAGGUGCAUAGAGUGGCAUGACAUGGAAUGGAAUAGACAGGAUGUAGCAAUAUAUAGCGCAGUAUAGCGCAGUGGCUAGGCUACAGCUGCAUGGUAGGAUGGGGACGGGGGUGUGUUGUCAGUAGUUACAGGGUUCUUGGAAUGUUGAAGGCAUGCUCAUUGGUGGUGAAAAUCAGACUAACAAAAUGGCCGCCUACUGUAUCCUAUCCCGGCAGUGUGGACUUCAUUUAUACAUGAUGUAACCUCGGCAAGGAGUCUGAAAAUUACAGUAACAUGUUUUUAAAAAAUAAAUAAAGAAUAAAAUGGCGUCAGAACCGUG